CGAUGCCGCUAUUGCCGUGCUGUCCCGCCAAGCAUAUAUUAGAGAUCGUCUGCUCUGUUCCACUUCCAACAUAUUCUCCUCUUCAAUCAUUGUUUUCCAGCAAGAUCCCCUCAAAAUGGCACAACCAAAGACAGCAGUAGACAUCGUAUUCGGCGCCAUGACGCUUGGGAAAGAAGGCGCCGAACAAGCCCGCGUCCACACCCUCGAAGAAUGCUCCUCCAUCCUGGACGUCUUCCAAUCCCACGCCCACUCCGAAAUCGACACCGCCCUCGUCUACGGCGGCGGCAGCUCCGAGCAAUACCUGGGCCAGCUCAACUGGCAAUCCCGCGGCCUCAUCAUGGACACGAAAUUCUCGCCCCGCGCGGACCUCGGGUUAGGACCGGACGUCAAGACAAUCCACGGCCCAGAGCACCUCCGUCUCGCGCUCCAGAAAUCGCUGCAGAGUCUCCAAGCCGAGAAGAUAGAUUUGUGGUACCUGCAUGCCCCCGAACGCAGCACGCCGUACGAGGUCACGAUGCGGGAAGUGAAUGCCCUUCACCAAGCAGGUUAUUUCCGGCGUUUCGGGAUCAGCAAUUUUAUGUCGUGGGAAGUUGCGCAGAUUUGCGAGAUCUGUGAACGGAAUGGGUGGAUCAAGCCGAGCGUGUAUCAGGGCGUUUAUAAUGCUGUUCAUCGAGCGGUGGAGCCGGAGUUGUUUCCGUGUUUGAGGAAGUAUGGGGUGGCGUUUUAUGCGUUUAAUCCGCUUGCUGGGGGGUAUUUGACGGGGAGGUAUACGAGGGAUAUGUUGGAGAGGGAGGAGGUGGUGGAGAAGGGGUCGAGGUUUGAUCCGGAGAGGAGUCAGGGGAGGAAUUAUAGGAGGCGUUAUUGGAAUGAGAAGUAUUUUGAUGCGUUGGAUAUUUUGAGACCUGUAGCCGAGAAGCAUGGCCUGACUGAAGCAGAGUGUGCACUAAGGUGGAUGACGAAUCAUUCUUUGCUGAAGAGGGAAUUUGGGGAUGCGAUUAUCAUUGGAGCCAGUAGUGGCAAGCAGCUGGAAGAAAAUUUGAUCAACUUAGAAAAAGGGCCGCUUCCGGAGGAUGUCGUGAAAGCACUAGAUGAAGGAUGGGCGACUGUGAAGGGAGUUUGCGCCAACUAUCAUCGCUAGGCCAGCUUGGCCGAUAACCGGAGUUUCAUUUGUUUGAAGUGGAAAGAGCUUUUCAAUGUUAC